GCCGGGGGCGGGGCGGCUCCCGUGCGCCUGCGCGCGGCGCCCCCGGAAAGGCGGCCACGUCUGCCGGAAGCGCUGGGGCUGAGGCGCCGGUCCCUCACGGCGCCCCCGGGCCGGGGCUGCCCCGCGCCUGCAGGAGCAUAUGGUGCUGGAAUUUUAAUUGUACAGAGUUCAUCAACAGCCACUCAUCAUGUCUUGGCUUGCUGAUCUCGCUGGAAAGGCAGAGGAUCUGCUCAACAGAGUUGAUCAAGGAGCUGCAUCAGCUCUGAGCAAAAAAGACACAUCGAGCCGUGCAGUUUAUGAUAACAAGAACUUGGACUCUGCCAAUGAAUAUUCUGAAGUGCACCAGCAUACUGGAGAACUGAAAUACCAGACCUCAUCCAAAGCAGCCUACAUCUCCUCAGCAGCUGAAAAUAUUAAACACCAAAAGGCCACAAUCCUGGCAGGAACAGCAAAUGUUAAAACAGCACGUAGGACAUCCUCAGAGGCAGCUUCUCCAGCAGAAAAUGCUUCCACACCCAGAGCUGCCUCACAUUUUGUGAGAAGAAAAAAGUCAGAACCUGAUGAUGAGUUGCUAUUUGAUUUUCUCAACAGUUCAGAGAAAGACCCCAAUGGAAGGAUAGAUCCUAAAAAGGAGAAGAGCAAGGCACCUGUUCUUCAGAAUCACUCUCGGACUUCAAGCAUUAGUUCUGUGUCCACCAGUACACAGAGUGCAAAAACUACUGAAGAUCAUUCCCUCAGGAGCCAAGGCAAUGAAACUCCAGACAGCUCAGACUCUGGCCUGGGAGCACAAGGGAAUGACCUGAAGGAUUCAUCACUGAGUGCAGUGACCAGCCCCAGCCUUUCAGCUAAUGAUGAUUCCAAAUCACACGAGCUGUCCAACCUCCGCCUGGAGAACCAGCUGCUGCGAAACGAGGUUCAGUCUUUAAAUCAAGAAGUGGCUUCAUUAAUACAGAGGUCCAAAGAAACACAAGAAGAACUGAACAAAUCCCGGGAGAAGGUGGAGAAGUGGAAUGUUGACCAUUCCAAGAGUGACAGGAUGGUUAGAGACCUUCAGGCUCGAGUGGAUGAUCUGACAGAAGCAGUUGGUGCCAAAGACUCACAGCUAGCUGUGCUGAAAGUACGGUUGCAAGAAGCUGAUCAGCUCUUAAGUGCUCGGACAGAAGCUUUGGAAGCGCUGCAGAGUGAAAAAUCACGGAUAAUACAAGACCACAGUGAAGGAAGCAGUUUACAAAAUCAAGCCCUUCAGACUCUUCAGGAGAGGCUGCGUGAUGCAGACUCUGCACUCAAGCGAGAGCAAGAAAGUUACAAACAAAUGCAGAAUGAGUUUGCGGCUCGUCUAAGUAAAGUGGAAGCAGAACGGCAGAACCUGGCAGAAGGGAUAACUGCAGCAGAGAGAAAGUAUUUAGAUGAAAAGAGGCGAGCUGACGAGCUUCAGCAGCAAGUCAGAGUAACUAAAAGCCACCUGGAAUCUGCAAAACAGGAACUGACAGACUAUAAACAGAAAGCUACUCGCAUUCUCCAAUCUAAAGAGAAGUUGAUAAACAGCUUAAAAGAAGGCUCUGGUAUUGAGGGCCUGGAUAGCAAUACAGCGAGCACGGUGGAACUGGAGGAACUGAGACAUGAGCGAGACACUCAGAGGGAAGAAAUACAAAAACUAAUGGGACAAAUCCAGCAGAUGAGAGCAGAGCUGCAGGAUAUGGAGACACAGCAGGUAAGCGAAGCUGAGUCAGUGAGAGAGCAGCUUCAAGACAUGCAAGAGCAGAUAUCGGCACAUCAAAUGGCCAAGCAAGAGGCAGAAGCUGAACUAGAACGGCAAAAACAGGAACUUCAUUAUACUGAAGAAGAACUGUAUCGAACAAAGAAUACUUUGCAAAGCAGAAUAAAAGACAGAGAGGAAGAAAUUCAGAAGCUCAGAAAUCAGCUCACAAACAAGACUCUAAGCAGUAGUAGUCAGACAGAAUUGGAAAAUCGGCUUCAUCAGCUGACAGAAACACUAAUUCAGAAGCAAACCAUGUUAGAGAGCCUGAGCACAGAGAAGAAUUCACUUGUGUACCAACUGGAACGGCUGGAGCAACAGCUGAAGGCCAUCCAAGGCACAGGUGCAAAUGGACCUUCCAUUAACAUGGCAGGCAUUGAUGGUGCUGAAGCAGGGGCUCGUCUGCGCAGCGUCCCCGUGCUGUUCGGCGGCGCGGAGGGCGGCGCGGCCGGCGUGUACGGGAGGGUGCGCAGGGCCGCCAGCACCAUCGACCACUUCAGCAUUCGGCUGGGAAUCUUUCUGAGGCGAUACCCCAUAGCAAGAGUCUUUGUAAUCAUCUACAUGGCCUUGCUUCAUCUCUGGGUUAUGAUUGUUCUCCUUACCUACACGCCAGAAAUGCAUCAUGACAGUCCCAGUGGCAGGUAGACUGAGACAGGACCAUGUGCUGUGCUAAUGUAGUGUGGACUGGCAAUGCCUUUGGAUUAUCAGUCCUGAAACAUCAGCAAACUUUUCCUCAUGGUGUUUUGGAAGGAUGAAAACCAUCAUGCCUGAUUUAUCACUACCUUUCAAAUACUUGUGUAAUACUAUGUAGCUUUUUCAAUUUACCUAAAAAAGCAUCACUUCCCUGGAGAAAUGAAGCUGUUAAGCUAAGCUCUGAUUAGCUUUUACAUUUUAUGUAGACCCUCUGAUGGCUAGAAUGAAAGAUAAAGCCUGUUCUGCAGAGAAAUGCAAGGAAUUCUGAAAUUGCAGAUAUAUCUGGUACAAAUUGUUUUAGGUCAUACUGGAUGUGGGCUAUGGUCAGGUAAUAAACUGUAUUUAGCAUUUUAAAUAAACUUAUUUAAGUUUC